CUCUUCAGCAUGUCAACAACAGAAGCUCCUUCAGCGUUUUAAUCUAAAUCACUUCUUCGUGUUUUCAACAGCGCUUCUCUCUCUGCUCCUCCUCUCUGACACAGAAGAUGAGCAGCAGCAGCAGUGAUGUCCUCCUGCCGGUGGACAGCAGCAUCAAACCCCCGGUGUUCCUGCACCUCGGAGACACAGAGCCUCUCUCUGGGGUCUGCGUGCUGGACAUCACUCUGCCCUUUGGGAAGACCGUCAACGUGGAGGAGAUCAGCUUUAAGAACCACUACACGGCCUCAGUGAGUGUGCGUCUGCUGAGGACGGGCCCCCCCUCUCAGUGGGUCACUGCUGUGAGAGACCUGCCUCUGAUGGAGAACCCCCACACUGAGGGGGGGUCGCAGGACUACUGCUGCAUCCACAGGACUCAGAUGCAGGUGGACCCGGAUCAUGUGAUCUCUGUGAGGCUGAUCCUCAAACAGCCGUCCUCCACCUGGCGCUCCUUCAGCCUGGAGGACAUCAGGAUCCUGCCUCACAAACAACAGGACCCGGAGAAGGAGGUUUCUGAUUGGCUGUCAGACCUGACGCUGGCCGACCAACACACUGACCUCGAGGGUCUCCCCCCCCCUCAGUCUGUUUCCUCCAGUCUGCAGCAGAUGUUUGCUCUGACCGAAGUGAUGAUGCAGAGCAACGAGACCACAGCCUCUAUAGGACGCUUCCACGUGGAUGGAUGCUACGACAUCAACCUUCUCUCUCUGACGUGACUCUGGAGGAGAGAAGCAUCGUAUUUAAUAUCUGCUAACAACAACCUGUGAGAGGAAUAUAUACACCUGUAUACAGGUGUAUAUAUACACACUGUAUACAGUGUGUAUAUAUACACACUGUAUACAGUGUGUAUAUAUACACACUGUAUACAGGUGUAUAUAUACACACUGUAUACAGGUGUACAGGUUAUAUUCUUAAGAAAAGUAUGAAAGUAUUACCUGCUAUUUGUUGAUCUUAAGUUACAUAAUAAAUAUUC